GAUCCUCAGGGAAACCCUCGUUCCCUGCCCGAAGGCGCAGAUUGUAGAGAGCUUCAAGGUUGCGCGCGCUACGUAAACGCGAGAGCGAAAGAGACACAGAAAAGAGAUUAGAGAGUGACGUUCGUGGUUUGAGCUUUCCUUUGCCCUAGCUAUUAUGGCCAAGCGCGAGAUUUCCAAUACGUUAAGAAACUUGAAGUUCAUGCAAAGGGCGGCUCAGAAAGAGGAGCAACCUAAAAAAGAGGAAGAAGUAAAACCAGAGGAGAAUUUAUUUCCCUCGAGUAAUAUUAUCAGAAAGUGUGUGGUUUUAGUUGAAGGAGAUCCUCAUCCCGGGGCUCUGCAAGGUCGAUUGUCAUUUCAAAGCUUUAAUCCUUCAAUUGAUAAACUCAAUGAAGAAGUAGCUAGCUUAGGUCAGCGAGAAACUCCUGACCCUUCAUCUGGGAAUCACAGUGAAAACGUUUCAUCAAGAGAAAAUGGAUCUUCACGAAAUGAAGCAGUGUUCUCAAACAAUGAUGAAAAAAAUUGUGAGACUAAUGGGGACCUUAAAAGGAAACAAUCUGAAGUAGUGUCUGAAGGACGACAUCCAACUAAGUUUCCAAAAAGUGGUCGGGACAAUCAGCAGUCAUCAUUUAAUAAUGGUAAAGGAUUCUUCAAGAAACCAAAGGGUGAAAAUCUGGACUGGAAUGUCCUUAGGCCCUCUAAGACUCCAAAUAAGAGGGGAUAACCUUGUAUAGUAGAGUCUUUAGAUGGGUGGAGAAUCCAGUUCCUAUGCUCUUGGGAAAUUGUUUCGACUUCUUACCAUAUUUUGUAGUUAAAUAGGACUGUUAAACGUUACCUGAACAAUUAAUUGAAGGUUCCAUUUAACGUAUCUUAUCUUCAAAAAUUAGAUGUACCCAUAUAUCAACUCAGUGGUGUUCCUAAAUUCAUACAUUCCUGUACUUGGAUCAA